AUGUGUAUACUUAAUGGAGAAGUGUUAAAAGUUGGUGUCACAUGUACUAGAUUUGUCUCACUGCCUAAUGCACGGCCUUGGGUCAUUCAUGCAUACAAAAAUAUUAAAGGACGUGGCGUGCAUGUAGAUGAAGAUGUGGAUAACAGUGUACCAACUGAUCAGAUUGAUGAAAAUUGGAUAGACCCAUCACAUCAAGGAGAAAAGUCGUAUUUUUACACUGAAUCAGAUGCUAAUAGUUCAUCAGUAAAACAGUUCUCAAGCAGACAGAACCCAAAAAGAAGAAAAGAAGAUACGGGAAAAGAAAUAGAACCCAAAAUUGAAAAACAGAAUGUUCCUGCAGAUACAAUAGAUUCUGAUAUUAGGGCAGUAUCAAAAAGGAAACUUUCUGUACCAACUGAUACAGGAAUUGCCAUAGAGACAAAGAAAAGACAAAAAAGUGAACCUGUGACCAAAGAAGAAAGUACUGAAAGCAAAUGUAAAAAUAUCGCAAUAAACGCAAAAUCUAAAUCAAGUUCUGACGAAACCACUGAAGAGAUAAAAACUGAUAGAGGAAGUACUGGAGGAACUGUAGACACCAACACAAUUUGUGACACAAAGAAACAAGACAUUGAAGCAACAGAAAUUGACAAUGAUUCAAAGGGGGGCAUUGGUGCUAAUGAGGUAAAUGAUUCCAACACGGAAAGGAGAUUAAGGAUAAAAAAGAGAAAGUACCCAGAAGAUGAAGAACAUGUCAUACAAAAUAAAGCCCCUUCUGUGAGCACAUAUGAUAAAGUUCGACUGGUCAUUCAACCAUGGCGUAAACCAGAAGGUGGCAUAAACAAGGGGAUACUAAAGAUGAUGUUAGAGUCAGUCAUGUUGUAUUUAAUGAUGAAUCCUGGGAGCCCAGAAGAUGCUCUGGUUAGGAGAUAUUCACCCUACUUGCAGCCCAUGAUCCUCAGAAAUAUUGUAGAUGUUCUUGAAGAUAUUGGAUGUGUUUAUAGAAAAUUCAUCAAUAGCACGAAACCUUCGUUGUUCUCAAAGCCAUCUUUACCAACUGUUGGAGGGGAAGAGGAAGAAGGCAGUAUUGUGGUGAUGGUCCCUACCGAGGAUUGCGUUAUCAAACUAGGUCUGUUUGGUCAGGAAGUCUUCCCACAAGCUAAAUGGCCAGAUAAUACAUACCCACGAGAGAAAAAAUAGCUGACAACUAGAAAAAUUAUAUGUCUUCUUCAACAUUAAUACACCUUGUUAUACACUUGAAAAGUUUAUUGUAUGAAUAGAAAAAGAGAUUGCUAGUUGGAACUACACUUUGAAAUGUAAAAAAAAUUGUAGUAUUUACAUUAUAUUGAUGCAGUAACUUUCAAAUGUCAAAAAUUUAUACAUUUAACUAUUGGCUUGUUACUUUGUACGAGGUAUAAUCUAACUUAUUAACUACAUAUUUAUUAUACUCCUGAAACCAAGUUUGGGGGGUUAUAUAGGAGUCACCCAGUGGUUGGUCCAUUUUGACUUAUCACAGAGUUAUUGCCCUUCAUUACUUUUUCUUGGCCAGUGCAUAACUUGAAUGGUUUGGAAUUUGAUGCAACUUAAUACUAUGGUCAAGCACAAUAAGAGGAAAUGUAGUGCACAAGAACCAUAACUCUAUCCAGAGUUAUUAUAUAGUGAUUGCCCCUUGUUACUUUUCCUUGUCCAAGAGCAUAACAUGAAAUCUACUGGUUGGAAAUCAAUACAAGUUCGUACAAUAGUCAAACAUAUUGAGAGGAAGCACAAUGCACAGGAACCAUAACUGUUCAUUGACUCAUUUGAGAGAUUUUGCACUUUGUUAUUUUUUAUUGUCCGGUAUAUAACUUGAAAAUUAAUGGUUGGAAUUCAAUGAAACUUCAUACAGUCAAGCGCAGUGAAUUGAAGUCCUGUGCUCAAGAACCAUAACUCUAUUUGGACUAAUUACAUAGUUAUUGCCCUUUGUUACUUUUUUUGUCCAGUACAUUAUUAAAAAAUAAUGGUUGGAAUUCAAUGCAACUUCAUACAAUGGUCAAGCACAGUGAGAUGAAGUGCAAUGCACAAGAACUAUAACUCUAUUUGGAAUAAUUACAUAGUUAUUGCCCUUUGUUACUUUUUCUUGUCCAGUGCAUAACUUGAAAACUAGUAGUUGGAAUUCAAUACAACUUCAUACUAUGGUCAAACGCAAUGAGAGGAAAUGCAGUGUACAAUAACCAUUACUCCAUCUUCAGUAUUUGCAGAGUUAUAACCCUUUGUUCCUUUUCCUUGUUUGGUGCAUAACUUAAAAACUGAUGUUUGGAAUUCAAUGCAACUUCAUACAAUGGUCAGGUGCUAUGUGAGGAAGUGCAGUACUCAAGAAUCCUAACUCUAUCUGGACUUAUUACAGAGUAAUCAAAUAAAACUUCAUCAAUGGUCAACCACAGUGAACGGAAAUGCAACGCACGAGGAUCACAACUAUCUUUAAUUGCCCACAACCAUAACUCUAUUUCAAUUCUUUUACAAAGUAUUCUGUUACUAGUAACUUCCUCAUUUCCGAAGCAGUCUUGCGGGGGUAUUAAUCACAUUUAGUGAUAGCUUUAGUUUUAACUGUUUUUAAAAACUCCUUUACAAUGAAUUGAUAUGUAUACAAAUAAAAUCUGAGUACAA